AUGUCUUUUUUGGAAUACAUUGAACACUGUGUAUUCACCGCAGUGCUUGCCGUCCUACUUAGUAUCUACUUCCGGAAGGGACCGCGAGAGUUCUUCCGGGUUUUGGUUAUAACAUUAAAACAGCUUCCAGGAGUCGAAUUCGUGAUUGGUAAAGUUCUUCAUAAUGAGGUCAAAAGCUUCCUCAGUACGACAAAACUGAACGAGGUGAAAAAUGCGGAAAAGAAGGGAUCAACGGUACUUCUACCACAGAAAGGAAUACCUCACGAAGAGUUGCUGACAACGAUGAAGAAAAUGAAGGAUUUGGAGACGAAUUCUGAUGAAGGGAAGAUCUUCGCCUAUAUCUACACGUUGUCAGACGAUCACUUUAAUCUACAAUGGGAAGCGUUUGAUCUUUUCAGCGAGAAGAUUGGACAUUCCGUGGACCAUGACGCUUUAGUAAAAGAAUUUCAUCACGGAUUUUUACACGAGAACGCUCUAAAUCCGAUGCUGUUUCCGAGUUUAAGAAAAAUGGAAACGGAAGUUGUUAAGAUGACGGCAUCCAUAUUGAAUGGCGAUGAUGACGUGUUGGGAUUCAUGACUUCCGGUGGCACGGAAAGUAACGUCAUGGCUGUCAAAACCUUCAGGGACAGAGCAAGGAAACUCUUCCCGCACAUAACGGAACCGGAAAUAGUGGCGCCAAGAACAAUACAUCCGACUAUUGACAAGGCCGCGCAGUACUUCGGUAUGAAGGUCAUCCAUACCCCUUUAGGUCCCGACUUCCGGGCCGAUGUCGCGGCCAUGGAGAAGGCGAUCGGUCCAAACACAGUCAUGCUAGCAGCUUCUGCACCACAAUUCUGUCACGGGAUCCUAGACCCUAUUGAGGAAAUUGCUGCCCUCGCUGAGCGCCGAGGACUUCCUCUGCACGUGGACGCCUGUUUUGGAGGUUACAUGUUGCCAUGGGUAGAAAAGCUGGGAUAUCCUGUCCCGAAAUUUGAUUUCCGAAAUCCAGGGGUAACUUCCAUGUCGGCAGAUAUCCACAAAUACGGAUACAGCGUAAAGGGUUCCAGCGUUAUACUCUACCGAAACGCCGAUAUCCGCAAAUACCAGAUAUUUUCCUACGCAGAAUGGCCAGGCGGUUUGUACGGAAGUCCGAGUAUGGCGGGAACAAGGCCAGGUGGUAAUAUCGCCGCUGCGUGGGCGUCAAUGAUGGCGCUCGGUGUCGAUGGUUACAUGAAACGAGCCAAAGAACUCAUGGAGACCACAGUCAAACUCAAAGAAGGCGUCUCUAAAAUACAGGACUUAUAUGUUCUUGGCGAUCCAGUUAUGACCUGUUUUUCAAUCGGAUCGAGUAACCCGGAUGUAGACAUCCAAGCAGUAGCGGAUGCAAUGGGCAAAAAAGGUUGGCACAUGGAGCGACAACAGAACCCAAGCUGUCUUCAUUGUUCAAUACUUCCACAUCACGUGAAAGUGUCAGACUCUCUUCUUAAAGACCUUGAGGAAUCAGCGCAAGAGGUCAAGAAGAACAAAUCUCUGGCCAAGGAGGGCACAGCAGCGAUGUAUGGUAUGAUAGCCACUAUACCAGAUAAAGCCAUUGUGCAAGAUUUCCUGGUCGAGUUCUUUAGUGAGGUCUAUAAAUAACACGACUAUGUGAGAGAUAUGUAUUCAUUGUUAUAACAAUUGGGUUGCUGAAUGAAAACAUUGUGAUGAUC